AUGCUUAGCUCCAGAGGUUCCCGCCUCUGGGUCUGCACCCGAUGCUCUCGUCGCGUGAUCAAAGGGAAGCAAAACCUCAACCAGAUCCGAUGGGAAUCAAGCACCGCGACUGCAACUGCGACUGCGACGCCGGCAACAGACUCUGCGAAGCUCCCAUUCGACCACUUCACAAGCUCUCGACACGACGAUGCGGUCCUCCGCGAGUUGUUCGACGCCCCAUCCGGGCGAACCUUUGCCAGCUUCAGCCUGAAGAAGAGCCAAGGCCUGUUCAAGAACCGCUACCUGACCAGCCCCGAUGGAUUCCUGGCCUUUGCGCAGAAGAACCUGGAGAGAGCGACCAAGAUUGUCCACCGCGUGCUCUCGGCGUCGACGGCCCGCGAGUACCAAACCCUCGUCCGCGAUCUCGACCGGCUGAGCGAUUUGCUAUGCCGAGUCCUCGACAUGGCCGACUUCGUCCGCAUGACGCAUCCCGACGUGCGCUUCCAGCAGGCUGCGGCAGAUGCCUGGUCAAUGGUGUACCAGUACAUGAACCAGCUCAACACCAUGACGGGACUGAGCGACCAGCUGGGGGAGGCCAUGUCCCGACCCGAGGUCACUUCGACCUGGUCCGAGGAGGAGAAGCAAGUGGCAGAGCUUCUGAAGCUCGACUUCAUGAAGUCUGCCGUCAACCUGCCCAAAGCCGCGCGAGACAAGUUCGUUGAGCUCUCCUCGCACAUUAGCGACGUCGGCUCGGCAUUUGUCCAGGGCAUGGAACCGGAGCGCAAAGUCGUCACGCUGCCAUCUCAUCGCUUCUACGGCUUAUACCCCGGCCUCGCCGCAUCGCUCAAGACCCGGUCCAACAUCUCGAUCCCCACAACCGGCCCCGAGGCCGCGGCCGCCCUGCAGAGCGUCUACGAUGAGGAGACCCGGAAGGAAAUAUAUCUCGCCCAGAGAAGAGCAUCUGGCCGGACAAUCAAGCUCCUGGAGACGAUGCUGAAGCUCCGAGCCGAGCUGGCUAACCUCGCCGGCUUCCAGAGCCACGGACACAUGGCAUUGAAGGACCGAAUGAUGGCCAAAUCGCCCGCCUCAGUGAUGGAAUUUUUACUUGCCCUGAGAGACCACAAUGCCCCCAUCAUUCAGCACGAACUUGGCGAGUUAACUCAGAAGAAGCGCGAGAGACUCGCUAUGCAGGAUGCCACCCUUCAAGCCUGGGACCGAGACUUUUACAUGGAGCAGAUCAGGGCCGAGAUGCGAUCCAAAGUCCGCUUCGAUGACCAUCUCACGGCCUACUUCUCCGUCGGCACCGUCAUCCAAGGCCUAUCCCGCCUAUUCGACCGCCUGUACGGCAUCCGCCUUGUCCCGCGAGAGACUCUCCCAGGCGAAACUUGGCAUCCAGACGUCAAGCGCCUCGACGUGGUGUCCGACAACGGCGGACAAGUCGCCGUCCUGUACUGCGACCUCUUCUACCGCCCGCAAAAGUCGCCAAACCCGGCACACUUCACCGUCCGCUGCUCCCGCGAGAUCCUCCCCGAUGAAGUCGAAGAAGCCGGCCUGGACCUCAGUUCCCCCAACACACCUGCUUUCGAAUCCGCCGAGCAGGCCGCCAACGACGGCAUGGAAAUCUCCACGCACGACGGCACCCUGAAGCAGCUCCCCACCAUCGCCCUCGUCUGCGACUUCCCCAAAAACGACAACGCCAAAGAGCCCGCCUUCCUCUCCUUCUACUCCGUCGAGACGCUCUUCCACGAAAUGGGCCACGCCAUCCACUCCAUCCUCGCGCGCACAUCCUUCCAAAACGUCUCCGGCACCCGCUGCGCCACCGACUUCGCCGAGCUCCCCUCCACCCUCAUGGAGCACUUCGCCGCCGACCGCACCGUCCUCUCCCUCUUCGCCCGCCACUGGAAGACCGACAAACCCUUGCCCUACGACCUCGUCGCCGAGCGCAUUCGCGUCUCCAAGCGCUUCGAGGGCAUCGACACCGAGCACCAGAUCCUCCUCGCCAUGGUCGACCAGGCCUACCACUCCCCAGAAGUCACCUCCUCCUCCUCCUUCGACUCCACAGCCGCCUUCCACGACAUCCAGCGCCGCUUCGCCCACGGGCCUCGCGACCCCCCCGAGACACGCUGGCAGGGCUUCUUCGGCCACCUACACAGCUACGGCAGCACCUACUACAGCUACCUCUUCGACCGCGUGCUCGCCGAGCGAGUAUGGCGCGUCGUCUUCCGUGCCGGCGAGGACGGCGCCGCCAUUGGCCGCGAGAACGGCGAGCGCCUAAAGGAGAACUUGCUGAAAUGGGGCGGAGGCCGAGAUCCCUGGACGUGCCUUGCUGAUACGCUGCAGGAUGACCGCUUGGCCCCUGGAGACGAAAAGUCCAUGGCUCUGGUGGGCAGCUGGGGGCUCAGAGAUGGUUUGACUUACUAG